AUGAAUGCUCAAGGGAGAGCUGACAUCUCGAACGGCCCCAUCUAUUACGCAAGCUCGAGCAGCCACGAUGCGACAUCUGCUACAGCCCUACAGAACCACCAGACUCUAGCAUACACGCUUGUUGGCCUCGCAUCUCUUUAUCUAAUUGCGGACCACUUUGGCUUCGCUCCGGUGUCCCUCAUCCAGUUUCUUUGGAACGUUCUCGUCUACAUAACGCCCUCGCGCAUCCUUGUCGCAUUAGACUCCCGAAUGUCACCGUCCGAUUCCGACCCCUCCAACCCCUCGCAAAUGACCUUCCACGCCAAAAGUGAAUCGAUGCAACGGAUUCUCGGUCUUGACAACACCUCCUUCCCUUCCUUUCCUCGUCCGCGGUCGCUCUCCGGCAUCGGCAGCGUUUUCUUGGGCAACAGCAGGGAUACGACUCCCUCGGGGCUGGGAAACUGGGACAACUCCUGUUAUCAAAAUAGCACCAUUCAAGGGCUGGCCUCCUUGAAAUCUCUCUCGAACUUUCUGAGGCGAAAUGUCGAUGAAGUGGCUGAGAAGAGUCCGCUCUCAACGCACCAAGCACUGCAGAGUAUUAUCGAACUUUUGAAUAGUGCAUCAAACUCCGGAAACAAGUUAUGGAUCCCAUCGGAGCUCAAGUCAAUGAGCAGUUGGCAACAGCAAGACGCCCAAGAAUACUUUUCGAAAUUGGUGGACCAAAUCGACAUCGAAAUCCGACAGGCUUCAAAGGGACAAACAAGGAAUAUGGGUCUUAAGAUGGCCGGUCCGGAGGAGAACAUUCUUGGUGGCCACAGCCCUGAGUCAACGACCGGUGACGACAGUUCUAUUGCGGCUUCAACAAAUGAAGCGGCCUUGGGUCGCAAUCCACUCGAAGGCCUACUUGCUCAACGAGUCGGCUGUACCAAGUGUGGUUGGACAGAGGGACUCUCUCUUAUCCCAUUCAACUGCCUAACGGUACCGCUAGGGAGUAAGUAUGAAUACGAUGUGGACGAAUGCCUGGAUCACUACACCGCAUUAGAGGAAAUCGAAGGCGUGGAGUGCGCCAAGUGUACGCUCCUGCGUGCUCAACAACAACUGAAUAACCUCUUGGGCGAUUGUUCCGAAGUUGAUAAGUUCGCGGACAAGUCCACAUCGUCUGGCUUGUCAGACGCUGUCAGAAUCUCCGCACAAACGAGACUCGAGGCCGUAAAUGCCGCCCUGGAGGCAGACGAUUUCGCCGAGAAAACGCUCACAGAAAAAUGCCAUAUUCCCUCAAAGAACCGGGUUACUUCGACAAAAUCUCGGCAAGCGGUCAUUGCUCGAGCGCCAGAGUCUCUCGUUGUACAUAUCAAUCGAAGUCUGUUUGACGAGACGACCUACAUGCUCAAGAAGAAUUAUGCCGGUGUCAAUUUCCCCAGGAUCAUGGAUCUCAACCAGUGGUGUCUUGGCAUUCGGCCAACCGAAGAAUCUGGGGAUUCUCGUGAGAAAUGGAUUACCGACCCCUCUCAGUCUAUGCUUCCUCGCGCGGGUGAAGCAAUUGAUAUCCCGAGCAGACGAUACCAGCUCAGAGCCAUCAUCACACAUUAUGGUCGGCAUGAAAAUGGGCAUUACAUCUGCUACCGCAAGUACCCCACAGCAGUUUUUCCGGCACCUGUCCCAGACGAAGUUCUGCAGGCCGAAGGCGACAAGGAGAAACUGGAGCGCUGGUACCGGCUCAGUGAUGACGAUGUGCAAAUGGUGAGCGAAGGGCAUGUGAUGUCGCAAGGUGGUGCUUUCAUGCUUUUCUACGAAGCGAUCAAGGACAACGUCCCCGAAUGCUCCGAAGAGGCAGUUGAUCCAAAAACUGUCCAGUACGACCUGGCAGAGUCGCUCUCCAAUUUCACUAUGUCUGAAGACAUGUCCACGAAAUCCACAAUCACGGAUGCAGAUUCUAGCACCUCGCGUGCGACUAGUGUUUCCACCCCGGAUCAGCACUUGUCUGCUGAGACUAUCAAGCCUUCGACGCCACCUUCGGAAGGAGCAGAGGUGGCGGAUGUGAAUGUCCAGAACACCCCUGAUUCACUUGGCUCCCCAUCUAUCAUCAGCGCGACCUGA